AUGGGCUCCAUGUUUGGCAAUGAUGGGCUGGAGCGUAUGAACAAGACGCUCAAGCAGCAACUGCAAGACAGAGACGCGCGAUUGUCCGUGCUCGAGCGCAAUCUGCGCGACAAGGAGGCCACACUACAGGAGAAGACUAAACAGUCAGACAUUGAGUCGGGGAGGGCUACCGACGCCGAAGAACGCGCAACCAAGGCGGAAGCAGCGCUCGAGCUGUCCACUCAUGAACUGCAGCGCGCCAAGUUGAACGUGUCCAACCUGGAAGAGAGCCUGAGAGGCGAGCACAAGCGCCGGGACGAGUUGGACAGGGAGGUCAAACGUCUUGAAUACGAGCUCCAGUACGGAGCAGCGGCUACGACGUCGUCGCAGGCGGUUGGCAACGACGAGAAGUUGCACGCGCGUAUAAAGGUGCUGGAGACCGAGCUGCACCGCAAGGACAGCGAGCUGGCACAGACGCGCGCUGCGGUAGAAGCCAACAAGGCUCGCCAAGGCCCCGCGAACGACUUCUCAGCCCACGGUUCUCGUGGAGGUCGCCGUAGGGCGUCGUUCGUUAGCUCAGGCCAGGUCGCGGACCUCACCACCGAGCGCGACGCCGCAGCCGAAGCUGCGCGUACAUCCCAAGCCGAAGUCGACACCAUCAAGGCCCAGCGCGACCGGGCAUACCUCGAGCGCGACAAGGCCGUCAAUUCGCAGAUGGCGACCGAGAAACGGACGAAGAAGGAAAUCGAGAUGCUCCAAGAGAAGAUUGACGACCUGCGGUUCGAGCUGGAUGACAGCGGCGGUGACUCGUCUGCUACCGACAAGAUUCGUGCCGACCUCAAGACAGCCCAGGCCCACGUGAACGAAUUGAAGGCAUUGGUCGGCGAAAAGGACAAGGAGAUUGAGCGACUGCAGUCUGCGCCUACUCCUGUCGUCGACCAAGAGGAGAUUGGCUCACUCAAGCGUCAGAUCACGGCCCUUGAGAGUGACCUCGAGGUUGCUCGUUCCGCCCCUACUCCGACAGCGGCCGCCCCUGGCACUUCCCACCUCCAGCGCGAGCUGAAAUCGGCUCAGCGCCGUAUCGAGCAGAAGGAACGGGAAGUGCAAGACCUGAAGAAGGACCUCCAGGAGGUCGAGGACGAGAACGACGCACUCCGUCAAGGAGGAGGUGCUGGCAGCAACAACGACGACGUCCGCGUCACUCAACUGCAAGAUGAUCUGUCGACGGCCCAGGACGCCCUCGCUGGCGAACGUUCUAUCAAGGCCGAGCUCGAGAUUCGCCUUACGCAAGCCACCGAAGAGGUGCAGAGUGCACAGGACGAGAUCCGUACGCUCAAGGCGAGCAUUGAGGCCAUGUCAACCCAGCAGGAGGACGCUACUGCUCGACUUACACAGGCCCACGAGGCUGUUUCUCAAGCUCAGGCGCGUAUGUCCGAGCUUGAGACUGCGUCUGGGACUGUCCAGAACCAGCUGGCCGACAUGGAGACAUCCCUCACCACUGCGCGUGAGAAUGUGGCUGUUGUCGAAGGCGAACGCGACGCGUUCAAGAGUGAGCUUGAAACCAAGAUGGCAGCACUCUCUGCCGCCCAGGAGGCUCACCAGAAGCUCUCUUUGGAGCUGGAGCGUCACACGGCCUCGUCCGGAGACACCGAGGAACUUCGCCGUCGUCUUGAGGAGAAGGAGCAGCACGCUGCCAACCUGGAAGAACAGCUGGCUUCCAGCGCCAAGUCUGAGACCGACCUUGCGUCUACUCGCCAGCAGCUCGAGAGGUCCCAAGACAUGGUCGAGGCUCUCAAGACCGAGUUGAUCGACAUGGAGUCCCAGCUCAACGAGGAGCUCGAUGAGGUUCGUGCCGAGCUGGCCGAGAAGGAGAAGCAGCUGGAGGUCGUCCGCGAGGAUUUGACGCGAGCCGUCGCCGAUCACCAAGCAACCCACUCCCACAUCAAGGCUCUGGAAGAGGAAAUUGCCUCUCGCGACGAGAAUGCCGAAGAGCGCAACGCUGAGGCCGACAAGUCGGCCAAGGCUAAGGAGGAGGUCGACCUGCUCCGCUUUGAGCUCGACAAUGCCAACGACGUCAUGGCCAAGGCCGCUCAUGAGGCCGCCGAGCGCAGCUCCACGAUUGCUACAUUGGAAGCCACUGUCUUGCAACUACAGGGAGACAUGGCCGCACAGGUCUCUGAGCGCGCAAGCUUCGAGCAGAUGAGCCACACGAUCCAGCGUCUGCGCGCGGAACGGGAUGAAAUCCAAGGCCAGCUAUCGUUUGUCACCCAUGAACGUCACUUCCAGAUCCAGGCUGCGACCGACGAGAAGUCGGCCGUGGAACGCGAGCUGCGCGACACUCUCGACUCUCUGCGCCAGAAGACUGCGCUCUACGACAACCUCAAGUCCCAGCAGGACGAGUUGGCCACGCGUGUGGCUGCCCUCCAGACCGAGGCGGCCGUCAGCACCACCCGUGUUACGUCUCUGGAGGACGAGCGUGAGGUCAUGACCAAGGACGCUGCCGAGCUCGAGGACAAGACUGUCACAUUGCGCAAGGGUCUCGAGGCUGCCGCCAAGCGCGCUGAAGAGGAGCGUACCAAACGUCGCGAGGCUGAGGACCGUGCCGAAGCUGCUGAGCUUGCCGUGCCCGCCAGUGAGGAGGAACGCAAGAAGCACCUCGACGAGCUCUAUGCCCGUGUCCACAGGCGCGAACAACGCAUCAAGAACAUGUCGGCCGAUUACAAGAAGCUCCAGGCCAACCACUCGUUAGCGGCUGAGGACCUGAAGGAGAUGGGCGAGGAGUUGGAGGCUGCCCGCGCACAGAACAUUGCGCUCGGAGAGCAAGUCCAGCGCGAGCGUCUGGAGCUGGACGACGCAAGACGCCAGCUCGCCGAGACGGAAGAGCGUGUCGCUGCCCUCAAGGAGCAGACCGCGGCUGUGUCCGACACUCUUAAUCGCGACUAUGACGACCUCAAGACCGAGAAGGACUCGCUUGCUGCCGCUCAUGGCGUGCUGCAGGAGACGCAUGCUGCUGUCUCUGCCGACCGGGACGCCCAUGCCUCCCAGGCCCAGGCGACCAUGGUCGAGCUCGAGGCAGCUCAGGCCCUCCUCACCGAGCAAAAGGCUCGCGUUGCAACUUUGGAAAACUCUCUCGCCACGGCCAUUGAGGACGCUCGCACACUGGCCGCUUCCAACGACGUUCGCGACCUCGUGCUGGCUAUUGCUGUCCAAUUCCAGGCUGUUCGGGCUGCCACCGACCACGCCCAUGUUUCGGAGGCCGCUAUGCGGACUGCUUUGGCCAAGGUCGGCGCCCUGGAGGAUGAGCAGGUUGUUCUGUUCGAGCAGGCAUCGCAGGUCGGCAGGAUUCGCGAGGAGCUCGAAUCUGCGCGCGACGCUCUUUCUCUUGCCGAAGCACGCGGUGCCACCAGCGAGGAGCACGCUGCCAAGCUCCUCGAGAGCGAGGGAACCCGCGCCGAGCUUCAGCACCGCAUUGACACACUCGAGACUGCUCUCGCCGAGGUUACGGACCAGUUCGUCGGAAAGGAGCAGGAUCUCGCAGCGGCAAGGGAUGAACACGAGACCGCCCUGGUCGACCUCGAGGACCAGCUGGAGAGCGCGGCGUCGACUGCCCAGCAGAACGCUGAGGAUGCAGCUACCAAGCUCGCCACGGCGCAGAGCGAGAUCGACAACCUCACUGCAUCUGUGGCAGAGAUUACCACGGCUCUUGAAUCUGCCCAGGAGGACCUCAAGGCUGUCCGGGAGGACCUCGAUCGUGUCUCCUCGGAUGCAACCACUGCGGAAGGCUCGAUCGCCACGCUCCGCGCCGACGUCGCACGUCUCGAAUCCGAACUCGCCACCAUGACGGCUGAGAGGGACGACCACUUGGCGCGUGCUGAUGAGCUGGUCUCGGAACUGUCGCUAGCCAAGGCGGACCAGGCAGCACUGGCAACUCAGCUCGACGACGUUACUGCGUCGCUGGACGCCAUGAUGGCAACUGAGGCGUCUCUCCGUGCCGAGCUGGAAACCGCCAACGCAGCACUCGAGGAGCAGACUCAGGCCGCCAUCGAGGCCAGGACUGCUGCUGAGGUGGCAGAACGCGAGGCCAAGUCUGUGUCGUCCCACUUCCGCUUCAUGGAGAAGCAAAAGGACGAGCUGAGCGCACGCGUCACUGCCCUUCGUGAAGAACUCGCAACCGCUCAAGCUGCCGCCGAGUCGGCUAACGCGGGCAAUGAAGGCUCUACCGCCGAACUUUCUCGACUGGUCCAGGAGAACAAGGCUCUCCAGCAACAAGUUUCCGAGCUGCAAGAGGACCUUGAACGCGCCACCGACUCGCUCACGUACAAGACAAACGAGGUCGACGAGGCCGAUGACCGGGCACUCGAACUCAACAAGGAAAUCACUCGUCUGCGCAAGCGUGCCGACAAACUCGACCGCCAGAACAAGGCGAUCACGACCGAGCUGGAGACUAUGCGCAACACCAUGCAAAACACUAGCCCACCUCGCAAGAGUGCUGCUGCCAUGGCACCACCGCCUGUCCCCGCUACUCUGCCGGCCAUCACCGUGGCUCCCCCUGCACCCGAGCCCUCACCUGCUCGCGUCUCGCUCGCUGCCGCAACAGCCGGUACUCCCGCCCGCUCGUUCAACGUCUUUUCGGGUACCCCUUCCCAAGAUCAGCACCAGGUCCGCGCUCCUAACUCUGGGACCAAGCGUGCGCGCGAAGACGACGAUGACGAGCGCCACAACUCUGUCGAGGCGCGCGUCCAGCCCGGUCCUGGCCACAAGGUCGGUCGGUCACCAUUCGCAAGCCGUGGAAACGAGGGCCACCACCGCGUCGAGCGUCCGCUCUCCGCCAAGAAGAGCAGUACCACGGCUGAGCGCAUGUUUGCAGCACACAAGGCCGCUGUGCACGCGCAAAAGUCGGCCACGCCCGGUGACAAGGGUAGCGAGAAUGACAGGGGAGAGGUGCGCAGUGCUUUUGCCCCAGGCAACAAUGCGUUUGCCCAGUAA